AUGGAGGACAUCACUUCCGGUUCAGGGUGGUCGGCGGUUCCUCCGGAGCUGCUGCGUAAAGUGGUCAUCCACUUGCGGGCCGCGGCCUACCCGCGAGAGCAGGCCGCCGCGGCGCUGCAGGCGCUGCGCCGCACGUGUGCGGCGUGGCGCGCGGUGCUCGACGCGGAUGUGGCCCACCUGGCGCCGACGGUUCCGCUGGACAACGCGGCCGCGCUGUUCACGCACUUCCCUGGCUGCACCAGCCUGGACCUGUCCCGCUUCCAGGCGCCGACAGCCACCCUCUACCCCCACUUCCACAAGCUCACGCUUAGGUCGCUGGUGCUGGGAGACCUCCGGUCAGAGUCGUACGACGGCACGCCCCAGAUCGCGCUGCCGCUCGCCGCGCUGGCGUCGCUCACGCGCCUCGUUGUCCCCGCGGACUUUCUUCUCGUGCCCAGCGUCCUCGCCGCGCUCGCGGAAGCCUGCGCAAAACUGCCCGCGCUCGCGUCCCUCGAGCUGCCGCGCAUGGUGCUGACGCCACACCGCGUGGCCGAGCUGACGGCGGCGCUGUCGCGCUGCGCGACGCUGCGGGCGCUCGCGCUGGGCGGCGCGGGGGCGCCCAUGAUGGCGGGGGACCUGGGAGGCCUCAUCAAUGGCUGCGGCGCGCAGCUGGAGGCGCUGCAGCUCGACCGCCUCGGCGUCCGCGCGCUGCCGCCCGCCGUCGCGCGCCUGACGGCGCUGACCGCGCUGCGCUUCCGCGGGGAGGCCAGCCGCGGCGUGCAGCUCGCGGCGGCGGACGUGUCGGGCCUGGCGCGCCUGAGGGUGCUGGACCUGGGGGCCAACCUGGCAGAGGCGCUGCCGCAGGGCACUACCGGGCUGGACGGGCUCGAGGAGCUGCGCGCACCCAUGAACCGCGUGUCGUGGGGCGCCGUCCCCCUCUCUGGCCUCAGCUCGCUCCGCCACCUGGACAUCUCCAACAACAAGACUGCGGCUGUCCACCCCAGCCUGUGGACGCUGGGGCGCCUGACGCACCUGGACCUCAGCCACAACAGCAUUGACCGCGUUGACCCCCAGAUCAGCGCGUUGACCGGGCUGCAGGAGCUCCGCCUCUGCCACAACUCGCUGGCCGAGGCGCCCCUUUCCCUGGCGCCGCUGACCGGCCUGCGGCUGCUGGACAUGGGCCACAACACAGAGCUGCGGGAGCUGCCCGGCGGCAUCGGGCAGCUGCUCUCGCUGCGCACGCUGCUGCUCAGCCACAUGCGCAUCAAGCAGCUGCCGCCCGACCUCGGCGGCGCAGCCGCGCUCGCGCACCUGGACCUGUCGCACAACAGCCUGCAUGCGCUGCCGCCGCUGCUGAGCGCGCUGACCGCGCUCACGCUGCUGUCUGCGGCGGACAACAAGCUCCACCAAAACACGGCGGUGCCGGAGGCGCUGGGGUCGCUGCGGCGGCUGCGGAUGCUGCUGCUGGCGCGGAACAGGCUGCAGAACCUGCCGGAGGCGAUAGGGGCGUUCACGGACCUGAGGCACCUGGAUGCCAGCGGGAACCGCCUGCAGGCCGUCCCCCGCGCCAUCGCGGGCUGCACCGCGCUGGAGGUCCUGCUGCUCUCGGGCAACCGCCUGCGCGGCCUGACCAGCGGCAUCGGCCACUGCCAGGCGCUGCGCGUGGUGGAUCUCGAGUCAAACGCCUACCGCCACCUGCCGGCCCCACUGGGGACGCUCACGCAGCUGAAGCCUUCUCUGCGGACUGGCGCGGACCUGGGGCCGUGA